AGAUAUGGAGGGCUAAAAAAAGGAGAUUUAUCGGCAAUGGGCAAAUUUGAAAUUUCUGUCCCCACUUUUAAGCAGCUUCCUCGGUUUGACAGCAGAGGCACUGCGAUCGACUGGGAUACUACAUUUUCAUUCAGUACAACAAUGAGUCGUGGUAGAAAUUGCUUUGUACCUGGCUGUACAAGUGGGAAUCCCAAUAAAAACAAGGCAAAUAAAGAACGGGGUGAAAGAAACCCAAGCCUUUUCAAAGCUCCUAAUGAUCCUAGCUUGCUACAGCAGUGGCAAAAGGCGAUACCCAGAUCAGACAAGACACUUAGCAGCAAAGAUGCUGUUUGUGAACUACAUUUUCUAGAUGAAGAUAUUUUGACUCAUUAUGAGAUCAAAUUAACUGACGGAACUAUUUUUUGGCAUAGUACAUAUAGAUAUUUAAUAUCUAAGUGCUAAAUUGUAUAUUAAAUUUAUAUAUUGUAUAUUUUAUUUAUUAAAUUUAGUGGAAUUAGUUAAUAGAAACAAAAGUUGUAAUGUAUUAAUAUUGCUAAAUAAAUAUUUAUAUGAUGAAAUAAGUCAGCGUAUAUACAUAUUCACAACUCUGUAUUUUUGUGCUUUUGAAAUAAACUGAGUACAUUAUUUAUUCAUUAAUAUUUUAUUUACAAACCUACCUUAUAUUAAUAAAGUGAAUAUCAAUAGAAAAACCUUUACAAUUAUUAGGUGACAUUGAAUAUAAUAUAUCUUGAAUUUAAUUGUCUACGAAACAGUGACAAUUUGCAAAACUUUGCUAAUGACAUUAAAACUUACAAUUCAACGCUAGAAAAAACGCUAUUGAACACAGGAAACGUUUCAGCUCAAUAUACCUACUCUCUAGUUUCAGCUAUAAAAAGUUAUGGAAUAGAUAACACCGAUCAAAGGGUGCAAUGGUAACGUUCGUCUUCAGUUUCCAUUUAUGAUUAAGUUAUUCCUGAUAAAAUACUCUUAAUUUUCGUUAUUCAAUCUGUCAAUCGCCAUAAAACCACUACUAGUUCGAAAGAUUUUAAUGUUUAUUAAAAUGGUAUCACACUAAACUGCAUGUAAACAUGUCAAUUUCAAAUGUUUUAAUGAAAAACUAUGAACCUUUAAACUGCAUCAACAAAACUAUUAAUAAAACACUAACACAAUCACACCAUAAACUAUUUCAUUCGCAUUUCUCAUCAAGAAACAAUUACUGUUUACAUCAAAUCAAAGGUUGAACUGGUGAUAAAUUUGUUGCUGGAACUUCUAUCUUUUUUGUACAACAGUUCUAGGGAAGAUUUAUUUUAGCAGCUUAUAUGUUUCUUCGGUCGUGUAUGCACUAAAAAGAACCACAUAAUAAAACAUUUUUAUAAUAUCAACUUAGGAAAAGGAUAUAUUAAACCGGCAUCUAAUAUAACCUAACUAACUUUUCAAACUCAAAUUUAAGGUUUUGUAUUCACAAUUUUAGCCACGCACAUUGCUCAAUUAGAAAAA